AUGAAGAUCGCGAUAUAUUCUCUUUUACUGCUUGCACUGAAUUCUACAAUUGUUUCUGGUUUUGAACUGGAUUACUUUGAGCAGGCUUCCUCGUCUCAUGCAAAUCCAAGCAAACCCAGUAUUAUAAAGGAUUGCGGUGAUAAAUCUUACAUGGUAGAAAUCAAAGAUAUCACCUUAACCCCAGCUGUACCUGUUCCUGGAAAGGAGAUUUCGGUAGUAGCAACCGGUCAUAUAAAAGAGAAACUUCUUCCUGGAGCGUAUGCCGAUGUACUGGUUAAAGUCGGUGAUGUUGAUGUUUUGAAAAAACAGUAUGAUCUCUGUCAAGUAAUGAAAGAUAAUAAAACAAAUAUUCAAUGCCCAGUGAAAAAAGGAAAGGUCAAGUUCACGCACAAAGUAACCAUUCCCAAAGAUAUCCCAAAGGCUCUUUUCAAAGUGGAAGUACGCGCCUUUGAUGUGAAUAAGAAGAAACUUGCUUGUUUAAAUCUUGCAGUAGAUUUUAAAAACCCUGAAAAUACAUUUUAUGACUUGUAA